ACACAGACAGCCUUCUCUCUCUCUUGUUGCUGUUGUUUUUAUCCCUCUGUGUGGGUCUGAGCCUGUAGGAGCAGUGUUGGCCGGAGGCGGGGAGGACAGUGGAUUGUUAUGUUUUUAUUAUUACUCGCUCCUUUUCUCAAACUUAGAACCAGAGAGGAAGAGGCAGAGCCAAUAUUCAUUGCACCAUCUUUGAUAUCAGAACACAUCUGGACAGGAAGUGACAUCACAUUACCGUUGGCAACCACUUGGUGUGGAGUUAGUGGGAUGUGUAUAGGACUUGAGGUUUGGACUACUGGGCAAAUUAGGGUUGGAUGGUGGAAGACUUUGAGAAGGUGUGUGUGAGGAAUAGAGUACUGGAGGACUGGGGUUUGGCCAGUGGAAGACAUUGAGGGUUGUCUGUGUGUGUGGACUAACAGUGACGAUGUACAAACGUCGUGACUAUGUGGACCUGUAUGAGAAAGACCAGGCUAAAUGGGCUCUAGUACGAAACGUCAACACUGUCUUCAAGCACUCUACACUGCUACCGGGGGACUAUGUGUGGUUGGACCUGAAGGCGGGCCGGGAGUUUGUGGUCCCCAUCGGAGCCGUGGUCAAACUCUGUGACUCUGGACAGAUACAAGUUCUGGAUGAUGAGGGGAACGAGCAUCGGAUAUCCCCCCAGAAUGCCACCAACAUUAAGCCCAUGCACCCCACCUCCAUCCAUGGGGUGGAUGACAUGAUCCGCCUGGGAGACCUCAACGAGGCCGGUAUCCUCCGCAACCUGCUCAUACGAUAUAGGGAACACCUUAUAUAUACGUAUACAGGCUCUAUCCUGGUGGCAGUAAACCCCUACCAGGUGCUGCCCAUCUACACAGCUGACCAGAUCCGCCUGUACACCAAUAAGAAGAUAGGAGAGAUGCCUCCACACAUCUUUGCCAUUGCAGAUAACUGUUACUUCAACAUGCAGAGGAACAACAGAGACCAGUGCUGUAUCAUCAGUGGUGAAUCUGGAGCAGGGAAGACCGAGAGCACCAAGCUGAUCCUCCAGUUCCUAGCAGCCAUCAGUGGACAACACUCUUGGAUAGAACAACAGGUUCUGGAGGCUAAUCCUAUACUGGAGGCGUUUGGUAACGCUAAGACGAUCCGUAAUGAUAACUCUAGCCGCUUCGGGAAAUACAUUGACAUCCACUUCAACAAGAGAGGCGCCAUAGAGGGGGCCAAGAUAGAACAGUACCUGCUGGAGAAGUCACGAGUCUGCAGACAGGCUCGUGAUGAGAGGAACUACCAUAUCUUCUACUGUAUGUUGAAGGGCAUGCCUUCAGACCAGAAGAAGAAACUGGGACUAGGGAAAGCCACAGACUACAGCUACCUUACCAUAGGGAAGUGUACUGUGUGUGAUGGUCGUGAUGAUAUGAAGGAGUAUUCAAACAUCCAAUCAGCCAUGAAGGUGUUGAUGUUCUCUGACACUGAGAACUGGAUGAUCUCCAAACUAUUGGCCUCUAUACUACAUAUGGGGAACCUGCGUUAUGAAGCUCGUACUUAUGACAACCUGGAUGCCUGUGAGGUGGUCCGCAGCGUAGACCUGACUUCUGCUGCUACACUGCUGGAGGUGGACUGUAAAGACCUGAUGAACUGUUUGACCAGUAGGACUCUGAUCACUAGAGGAGAAACAGUCUCCACUCCCCUCAGUAUAGAGCAGGCACUGGACGUACGGGACGCCUUCGUCAAGGGGAUCUACGGUCGUCAGUUUGUGUGGAUUGUAGAGAAGAUCAAUGCAGCGAUCUACAAGCCUCCGUCCCACGAGCCCAAAGCCCUCAGACGCUCUAUAGGACUACUAGACAUCUUUGGCUUCGAAAACUUCACCAUCAACAGUUUUGAGCAGCUGUGCAUUAAUUUUGCCAAUGAGAACCUGCAGCAGUUCUUUGUGAGGCAUGUGUUCAAGCUGGAGCAGGAGCAAUACAACCUGGAACACAUCAACUGGCAACAUAUCGAGUUCACAGACAACCAGGACGCCCUGGACAUGAUCGCUAUCAAACCCAUGAACAUCAUCAGCCUCAUAGACGAGGAGAGCAAGUUCCCCAAGGGUACAGACACUACUAUGUUGAAUAAGUUGAACUCUCAGCAUAAGUUGAACACCAACUACAUUCCUCCUAAGAACACUUAUGAGACCCAGUUUGGCAUCCAGCACUUUGCUGGGGUGGUUUACUACGAGACACGAGGUUUCUUGGAGAAGAACAGAGACACCCUGCACGGUGACAUCAUCCAGCUGGUUCACUCCUCCAGGAACAAGUUCAUCAAGCAGAUCUUCCAGGCCGACGUUGCCAUGGGGGCGGAGACCAGGAAGCGCUCUCCCACUCUGAGCAGUCAGUUCAAGCGUUCUCUGGAACUGCUGAUGAGGACUCUGAGUGUGUGUCAGCCCUUCUUCGUACGCUGCAUUAAACCCAAUGAGUACAAGAAACCCAUGCUGUUUGACAGGGAGCUGUGUGUUCGUCAGCUGAGGUAUUCAGGCAUGAUGGAGACCAUUCGUAUACGCAGAGCUGGUUAUCCAAUCAGAUACACCUUUGUUGAGUUUGUGGACCGCUACAGAGUCCUCAUGCCAGGAGUCAAACCUGCAUACAAACAGGAGGACCUGAGGGGAACUUGUCAGCGAAUAGCGGAAGUUGUUCUGGGGAGAGAUGAUGAUUGGCAGAUGGGAAAGACCAAGAUCUUCCUCAAGGACCACCAUGACAUGCUGUUGGAGAUAGAGAGAGACAAGGCCAUCACGGACAAGGUCAUCCUUAUCCAGAAGGUUGUACGAGGCUACAAGGACAGGUCCAACUUCCUGAAGAUGAGGAAGUCGGCCAUGAUGAUCCAGAAGACGUGGCGAGGAUACCACUGUCGCAAGAACUAUGGAGCUAUGCGGGCAGGGUUCACCAGACUGCAGGCGUUGUAUCACUCCAGGCGGCUGUACGUAAUGUACCACGUGGCCAGACAGAGGGUGAUGGGUCUGCAGGCCAGGUGUAGAGGCUGUCUGGUCAGAAGGGCCUUCAGACACCGCCUAUGGGCCGUCAUCACCAUCCAGGCUCACACACGGGGCAUGAUCGCACGACGCCUCUACAAGAGACUGAAGGGAGAGUAUCGGAGAAGGUUGGAGGCAGAGAAGCUGCGUCUGGCUGAGGAGGAGAAACUGAGGAACCAGAUGAGCGCUAAGAAGGCCAAGGUAGAAGCAGAGCGUAACCACCAGGAGAGACUGGCCCAGCUAGCGAAGGAGGACACGGAGAGGGAGAAGAGAGAGAGGGAGGAGGUGCGUAAGAAGAAGGAAAUGGUGGAGCAGAUGGAGAAAGCCAGACAUGAGCCGGUGAACGACUCUGACAUGGUGGAUAAGAUGUUUGGCUUUCUGGGAACAACAAACUCCUUCCCUGGCCAGGAGGGGGCGCCACCAGCUGGGUUUGAGGACUUGGAGCGUGCCCAGAAGGAGCUUGAGGAGGAGGAUUUAGACGAUGUUGUUCCUCUCCCUGAGGAUGAGGAGGAUGACCUCUCAGAGUAUAAGUUUGCCAAGUUCGCUGCCACCUAUUUCCAGGGCACCACCACACACACCUAUGUCCGACGGCCGCUCAAACAACCGCUGCUGUUCCAUGACGACGAGGGCGACCAGCUGGCGGCGUUGGCGGUGUGGAUUACGGUGCUGAGGUUCAUGGGAGAUCUCCCGGAGCCCAAGUACCACACGGCCAUCACCGACGGCUCGGAGAAGAUUCCUGUGAUGACCAAGAUUUACGAGACGUUGGGCAAAAAAACCUACAAGAGGGAACUACAGGCCCUGCAGGGGGAGGGAGAGACCCCCCAUUCAGACAGCAACAAGAAGAACAGUGUCCGACACAAACUAGUGUCCCUCACCCUGAAGAAGAAGUCCAAGAUCACUGAGGAGGUGGCGAAGCGCCUGAACGACGGAGAGAUUAGUCUCCAUGGCAACAGCAUGUUGGAGGACCGGCCCACCUCUAACCUGGAGAAACUCCACUUCAUCAUCGGCAACGGAAUACUACGACCUGCCCUGAGGGAUGAGAUCUACUGCCAGAUCUGUAAGCAGUUGAACCAGAACCCGUCUAAGAGCAGUCACGCCCGCGGCUGGAUCCUCAUCUCCCUGUGUGUCGGCUGCUUCGCUCCCUCUGAGAAGUUUGUCAAGUACCUGCGUAACUAUAUCCAUGGCGGUCCUCCUGGCUACGCCCCCUACUGCGAGGAGAGACUCAGACGCACGUUUGUUAAUGGCACCAGAACACAGCCCCCGUCCUGGCUGGAGCUACAGGCCACUAAGUCUAAGAAGCCCAUCAUGUUGCCAGUAACCUUUAUGGACGGCACCACUAAGACGUUGUUGACAGACUCAGCUACUAACGCCAUGGAGCUGUGUAACGCCCUGGCAGACAAGAUCAGCCUCAGAGAUCGCUUUGGAUUCUCUCUCUACAUUGCCCUGUUUGACAAGGUCUCCUCCCUAGGCAGUGGUAAGGACCAUGUGAUGGACGCGGUGUCCCAGUGUGAGCAGUAUGCCAAGGAGCAGGGUGCCCAGGAGAGGAACGCCCCCUGGAGACUGUUCUACAGGAAGGAGAUAUUCACGCCCUGGCACAACCCUGCAGACGAUGCUGUGGCCACCAACCUCAUCUACCAACAGACUGUACGAGGGGUAAAGUUUGGAGAGUACCGCUGUGACAGGGAUGACCUAGCAGAGUUAGCCAGUCAGCAGUAUUAUGUGGACUACGGUUCUGAGAUCCUGACAGAGCGUCUGCUGAGCCUGAUCCCAUCCUACAUCCCCGACCGAGAGGUCAGCUCCUCCCGGAGUGUGGAGAAAUGGGCCCACGUUAUCAUGGCUGCCCACAAAAAGGGCAUCUACACCCAGCAGAGGUUUGACCCCCAGAAGGUGAAGGAGGAAGUGGUGGACUUCGCUCGCUACAAAUGGCCGCUCCUCUUCUCACGCUUCUAUGAGGCCUUCAAGCUCUCAGGUCCAAGUCUGCCUAAGAAUGAUGUCAUUGUGGCAGUGAACUGGACAGGGGUCUACUUUGUAGAUGAACAGGAGCAGGUGCUGCUAGAACUCUCUUUCCCAGAGAUCACUGCAGUCUCCAGCAGCAGAGGUGGUAAGCUGCAGGGGCAGAGCUUUACGUUGGCGACCAUGAAGGGCGAUGAGUUUACGUUCACGUCAACCAACUCUGAGGACAUCAGAGAACUUGUGAUAACGUUCCUAGAGGGCCUGAGGAACCGGUCCAAGUACGUGGUGGCUCUGCAGGACAACACCAACGCUGUUGGGGAGGAGUCUACGUUCCUGUCGUUUCAAAGGGGAGACCUGAUCCUAUUGGACCAGGAGACAGGUCAGCAGGUCAUGACCUCAGGCUGGGCCCACGGGGUCAAUGAACGGACCAAUCAGAAAGGAGAUUUCCCUGCUGACUCCGUCUACGUCCUGCCGACUGUUACCAGACCUCAGGCUGAUGUAGUGGCGUUGGUUACCAUGACACCAGACCAGCGACAGGAGACGGUCCGUUUGUCUCAGCUGGUUCUCCCGGAAACUGGAGAGGAGAGAGUUAAACCUUACACACUGGAAGAGUUCAGCUAUGACCACUUCAGACCUCCUCCCAAACACACUCUGAGCAGGGUGAUGAUUACUAAGAACAGAGGGAAGGCCUCAAUGUGGAGCUGCACCAGAGAGCCUAUCAAACAGCCUCUACUGAAGAAGGUCCUCAGCCAUGAAGACCUGUCACAGGACGCCUGUAUGGCCUUCAUAGCUAUGAUGAAGUAUAUGGGGGACUACCCGUCUAAGCGAAUGCGUUCGGUCAACGAGCUGACGGACCAGAUCUUUGAAGGAGCCCUGAAGGCCGAACCUCUAAAAGAUGAGUUAUUCUGUCAGAUACUCAAGCAACUCACAGACAACCACGUCAAGUACAGUGAGGAGAAGGGCUGGGAGUUGCUGUGGCUGUGUACAGGUCUGUUCCCUCCUAGUAACAUGCUGCUGCCUCAUGUCCAGCGUUUCCUUCAGUCCAGGAAACACCACCCUCUGGCUCACGACUGUAUGACACGACUACAGAAGGCCUUACGGAAUGGCUUGAGGAAGUACCCUCCUCACCUGGUAGAGGUAGAGGCCAUCCAACAUAAGACCACCCAGAUCUUCCACAAGGUCUACUUCCCUGACGAUACUGAUGAGGCAUUUGAGGUGGAGUCCAGCACCAAAGCUAAAGACUUCUGUCUGGCAAUCUCUGCUCGCCUGCUGCUCAAAUCACCCGAAGGAUUCAGCCUGUUCGUAAAGAUCUCCGACAAGGUGAUAAGUGUACCAGAGGGAGAUUUCUUCUUUGACUUUGUCAGACACCUCACAGACUGGAUCAAGAAGGCCCGGCCCUCUAAAGAUGGUAUCAUACCGUCUCUGACCUACCAGGUGUUCUUCAUGAAGAAGCUGUGGACCAACACUGUUCCUGGUAAAGACUCCUUCGCUGACUCCAUCUUCCACUACUACCAGGAGCUGCCCAAGUAUCUCCGUGGUUACCAUAAGUGUAGUCGUGAUGAGGUGUUCCAGCUGGGAGCGUUGAUCUACAGGGUGAAGUACGAAGAUGACAAGUCUCACUUCCCCUCAAUACCCAAGAUCCUCCGGGAGCUGGUACCGCAGGACCUGAUUCGCCAGCUCUCCCCAGAUGACUGGAAACGGUCUGUAGUAGCGUAUUUCAAUAAGCAGGCUGGUAAGUCCAGGGAGGAGGCCAAACUCCACUUCCUGAAGAUCAUCUUUAAAUGGGCCACGUUCGGAUCUGCCUUCUUCGAAGUCAAGCAAACCACAGAGCCCAACUUCCCAGAGAUCCUCCUGAUUGCCAUCAACAAGCAUGGAGUCAGCCUCAUAGACCCAAAGACCAAGGACAUCCUGACCACCCACCUGUUCACUAAGAUCUCCAACUGGAGCAGUGGCAACACCUACUUCCACAUCACCAUCGGCAACCUGGUCAGGGGCAGCAAGCUGCUGUGUGAGACCUCACUGGGCUAUAAGAUGGAUGACCUCCUGACUUCCUACAUCAGCCAGAUGUUGACCACCAUGAGUAAACAGAGAACUGGGCGGGGCCACAGCAAGUGAACUUCCUAUUGGCAGGAAGCUGCAGAGCUUAUUAGAAUACUGCGCCCUGUUGGCCAGCCCUGCAGCUGGGGGCGGAGCUUCUCUAACCAGGUGUGGAGGAUGAGCCGGAGCCCCUCCUCUAGCACUGCCUCCAGCUAUGCCCAUAGCAACGUCUAUAGCAACAACCCUAGCAACGAUCCUGAUGACGAGCCCUCCAGUGAGGAUGACUACCUCUGAACCCCUUUAUCCUCCCAGAGACACUGUACACACACACUGUACACACACUGUACACACACACUGUACACACACACACACACACACACACACACACACACACACACACACACACACACACACACACACACACACACACACACACACACACACACACACACAAAGGUUGUGAACACACAUACAAUGGGUGUUUUUAAACAUUGCGUUUAGACUAAAGAAUUAGCAGUUGGCAGUCUGUUACCAAUGAGACGCUAGUUAUUCAUCAAUCAUAGGAUGGACAGAAUGAAUGGAGAGCCAUGUGAUUGGGUACUUUAGCUAGACAAUUAAGUAGUUACUGAAAACAUUUAUUACGUUAACUUACUGAGUAAAAUAAUCAUAAAUAGCUUUAAUAUAUUGUUUUCUUCCAGGUCUGUUCAUGACAGAGGUUUGCAUGCUCUUACUGUAGCUGAAUAGAUUUUUACUGAACUGUCAAUACAUUUUUUCGAGUUUUGUCUAAA